CGUGGCAACAUCCCACCCAGACCACAGGGAUGCCUGUUGGUAAAAUGGCGUGCGAUGCCCUACAUGAAAUGGAAGUCUUCAGUGAAAAACCAGAGCCAAGAAGUGGACACAGAGCAUGUUCCACCUCAAAUCACAUGAUAGUAUAUGGUGGAUACGACAGAUGUGCCAGCGACAAAAUAUACACCGAAAUUAUUUGCUUUAAUACGAUUUCCAGGAAAUGGGCAGAACUUCCGCAUUCAAGGGGUGUUCGCUUUGAAUCGGCCUCAAGUUCUAUGGCCCUAUUUCAUAAUAAUUUGAUGAUUUUUGGAGGCUCUGGGUAUCCGUUUGGUCACACAAACAGUAAUGAUUUGUCGGUUUAUUCGCUCAAAGCGAAGACCUGGUCAAGGCUAGGGAGCAAACCACCUUUGGCAAGGUACGGGCAGAGCAUGGUGUUAACGGCUGUUGAAAAUUGCCCAAGAUUAUAUAUUUUCUCUGGCACUGUUGGUCGAGAGUUUCUUGAUGACAUGCACUAUUUUGAUCUAAUUGAAAAUAACUGGCAUAGUAUACAAACAGAUGUGGUACCCGCUGGUAGGUACAGGCACGAGACUGUAGUGUUUGAAGGCGAUUUCUAUUUAUUUGGUGGUUCAGUUCAAUUACAAUCAUUUGGUUUUCAUCAUCUUUGGCAAUUUAGUUUUUCCAAACAUCGUUGGACUAAAAUUGAAUGCAAGCCAACACCUGAUGGCCAAUUCCCUUCCCCAAGAAAAGCACAUAGCUGCAUAAUAUGGCAUGGGGUUGUUUAUAUGGCUGGAGGUUGCAAUGAAAACACGACUUUGAAGUACAAUGAUAUAUGGAGUAUUUGCUUAAAAGACUUCACAUGGAAGAAGCUGAAUAUUGUCCUUCCUGUUCCACUGUAUUUCCACUCAGCCUCAGUCACCCCAGAUGGCUGUAUGAAUAUAUUUGGAGGAGUUGAUGAUACUGGUAAAAGAUCGUCUUCUACAUAUGAAAUAUGGCUGGAUGUGUCAUCACUUUUAAAGAUUACAUUCAGAUUUAUUCUAGACAGACUUGGUCACAAUCACGAUCAUUACUUAACUUUGAAGAACCUUGGUGUGCCCACUCUUCUUUUAGAUGAUGUUUUCAAGGAGUUUCCAGCUGGAUAACAUUUAUGUUUGAUAAAUGCAAGCCUUAGCUUGGAAAAUAUCCUUGCUCUUGAAUCUGGCUCAGAUUUAGCAGUCCAAGUGUGAAUCGAGAGAAUUUGUGAGGUAUAUGGGAUGUUGUUUCUGUGUGCUUUUCAUGAUAUGCUUGCUGAAAAAUUGUACUUGCAUGCUGAUUAUGUUUUAGUACCAAGUUUAAAUAGUAAUAGAACAGCAACACAAACAUACAACAUUUUAUAGUUAUACAAGCUUUUGCAUUUGCACCACCCAUUAAAUCUAGGAAAUUGUUCCACAUCUUAUCUCCUGCUGCAGGCCCUAAGACAGUCUUUCUAUUGCAUAAAUUUUGUUCUUGUUAUGUCAUGUUGGAGUUAUUAAUAGCAGCCCCUUUUGUUUUCAGUUGAUAACAAAUAUCUUUAUUAGAAUUUUUGUUGCAAUUUUUUUAUCUAGAUACCUGUUUAGAUAAUUUGUUAGAUAAUUUUUUUCUUGCCUCUAUUCUAUAGAAGCAGCUGUAUUUAAGAGAUUUUGGUUUGGUGGAAAUACUCAGAUAAAUGUACAUAGUUUAUAUUUAUUUUUGUAUUUGUUUCUUCCUAACAUCUGAAGGCAGUUUUAGGACACUGCAAUGUUUGAUCACGAGUAUUUGAUCCUUGUUGAAUAGUUUGAUCUAUUGGGGUAGCAAGGAUUUUAGUAGUUGGGGGGGGGG